CAUUGCUAGAAACACAACUCUCGAAAAGCUCGCCAGAAUUAAACAUUUUUACUGAUAAAUUGGCGUUAACAAUGGCACGUGUACGAGUAGACGAUGUGAUAAGUUUUACAUUCACGUGCAUUUAUGAUAAUAAUUCGUCUCUGUCAUGUUACUUCACAAUCGACGUUGGAGAAACAAUGUAUAAAGUCAUAGAAUGUAAUCCUUUGCUCGAAGAAUUAGAUGAAUUGGUUUCACAAUUAAAUACUAGUC